CUACUACUAGUUCACGAUAUGAUAUAGUUUUAUGUAUAAAUAAGAAGUAUUAACUUUAUCAAAUAUAAAUUAAUAAUAAAAUGACGCCAGACAACACGAUACGUGUGGGGGAGUACAUAGUUAUACAGAAGCAAAACUAUAGGAAGCUACACAAAUUCAAUAAACCGAACUCUUGUAUCAACAUUGGACGCGAUAACGUUAAUCUAACUGGUAUAGAAGGCUGCCGGUUCCAUUCUGUGUUUAAACUAAUACCAAAAGGUGGGAAAAGGACUAAGGAAUUUUCUGUACAGUUAGCAGAAGAGGCUGGCGAUUUAAAAGACGAAAUUAAUGUCAAAACAUCGGGUACAGACAACAGAAACAUUAUUGAUGACGGACAAUCGCAAAAACUGUCUUAUUCCGAGAUUGAGGAGCUGAGAAACGACGCUACAAAGGCAUCAGACAUUGUAGAAACUUUGAUAUCAAAUUCAAACACUUUUUCAAAUAAAACUGAGUUCUCACAAGAAAAAUACUUAAGGAAAAAAGAGAAGAAAUAUUUCGAGUACAUUCAAAUCCUUAAGCCGAAUCUGCGUAUGAUAUCAGAGAUUAUGUACAAGUUGGAGCCAGGGAAAAUACAGAGUAUCCGCAUUGAUACAUUGUCACAAAUUAUUACAGCCGUUAACAUCCAAUCGGAAGGAGUCCAUCUCUUAUAUGAUUCCGGGUCAAAUGGUUUGCUAGCUGCUGCAUUAUUGAGUGCUAUAGGUGAAUCUAAUGAUGGAAAACUAAUACAUAUGCAUCCAGGCAACAUGUCACAGAAACAAGCAUUGUUAGCUAUGAAUUACAAAGAAGAACAAUCAAGUAGAUGUAUCUCUGUUAAUAUUUACUCUGUAUUAAGACAGUUUUACCAAGGUUGUGACACACAUGAUACAAAUGAGAAAACUGAGCAUAACAGCUUGAAAAGGAAGGCCGAGAGUCUUGAAAUUCAAAGUAAAAUACCUAAACUUGAAGAAAAUUUACAAGAGAAUACAGAAACUAAACUAGAUACAGAGGAAAAGACAGCUGAUAAUUCAGAAACAAAAGAAAAUGAUGAUAAGCCAAAAGAGUUUAAAAAACCUAAAUGGCAUUUUGACAAUAUUACUGCGGCAGAAUUGCUAAAAGGCAAAGCGGAUUCUUUAGUCAUUGCUUGUAAAGAGGACCCGCAGAAUUUAUUUGAUGAACUGGUGCAGUUUGUGAAGCCAGGGCGGCCAUUUGCAAUUCACUAUACAGUGGCUGAGCCCUUACAGAAGAUGUAUAUGAAUUUGAAGAUAAGAAGCAAUGUUGCUGCACUUAAGCUGUCUUGUAAUUGGAUGAGGAAUUAUCAGGUUCUGCCAGACCGGACACACCCUGAGGUGAUGAUGAAUGGAGCCAGUGGAUUCCUGUUGACCGGCUAUGUUCUUAAAUGAAGUUAAAUA